AUGCAUGAUCUCGUGUUUCGCUGGCUCAGCCAGGUGCUCGUUCCUUACAAGGAGCGCGCACGCAUCAUGUCAGACAUGGACACCAUCCUGACUGAGUACCCGACGCUGCGGCCCCGCACAGAUGUGUACACAUACAAUGACGGCCGCUCGAUGCUUCUUCUCCUACUAGACGGGACGAUCGCUGUGCCAUUUCGUGGCAGCGUAUAUAACAUACCCAUGCAUUUUUGGUUCCCGCGCGUGUACCCGCAGGAGCCUCCGAUUGUCUACGUCGUGCCCAUGCGUGACAUGCUACUACGCAGCGGCGCACACACCACGCCAGAAGGGUGUGUACAGGUGCCGUACAUACAUACGUGGAUGCGCAAGCCUGAAGCAAGUUCCCUGCUCGAACUUGUGCGUGAAUGCCAGGCCGCUUUCAGCCUCGAGCCGCCCGUCAUGGCCAAGCGCCCCACGUCCCCACCGGCCCCACCGCCGCUGCCUCGACAGACCGUGCCAGCCAUGCCGCCUCUUCCUCCCAAAGCGAACCAUGCCUCUCCCCGCGAGACGGAGGUACCGGAGGUGACGAUGCCCGCGCCACCACGGCCCAUGAAUCCUGCCGUGACCGAGCUGCAUACCAAGGUCCACCAGCAACUCUCGAUGCGCGUCGCCGAGAUGUACGCGGCGCAGACGCAGUCUGAUGCGCAGCUGCGCAUGCUCUUGGACGACCUGGAACGCGGUGCACCGGCGCUGGAAGACGAAAUGCAGCGCCUGCGUGCUGUACGAGAUGUCUGUGUCACCAACACGCAGCGUCUGUCGACUAUGAUGGACACAGCCAAGCGGACUACGUGGGAGCUCGAGGCUCGGCCUGAGCCGGACGUCGAUCAUAUGAUGUCGGCCACGAGUCUUGUCGAAAACCAGCUCCUGCAGCUCAUGGCCGACGACCAAGCCAUUGAAGAUACACUAUACCAGCUCAGUCGUGCACUAUACUCGGAGCAACUCUCGCUCGACCGCUUCAUUAAACACACGCGUAUGCUCUCUCGCGAGCAGUUCCUCAAACGCGCACUCGCUCAGAACAUUGCACACGGUCUCGGAUGGGACGCGCCCCUUACUGGGCCGGCGACACCGACAUGA